AUGCGGCUGGGGCCGCUGGGCGCCGCGCUGCUGCUGCUGCUGCUGCUGCUGCCGCCGCCGCCGGGGAGCUCCCUCUUCUUCCCGGGACGCGCCUCGCCCUCGCCCGGCAGGCGCCCCUCCUGGUCCCGCGGGCGGCUCCGGCGGCAGGAGGACGCACAGGGCAGUUGUGGAACAGCCCCGCUUGUGAGCGUGCUGACAGGGUCCCGGAUUGUGGGGGGCACAGACGCUCAGGUUGGCGCGUGGCCCUGGAUCGUCAGCCUGCAGAUCCGGUCCGGAAAGUAUAUGGUUCAUAUAUGUGGGGGAAGCUUAGUGAGAAACAGCUGGGUCCUCACAGCUGCCCACUGCACUAGGGACACUAGGGAUCCUGUAAUGUGGCGAGCUGUGCUUGGAUCUAAUAAUAUAAAUGGGAGACGUCCACCCACCAAGAUUAUAAAGGUUAAAGCAAUCAUCAUCCAUCCAAACUUCAGUUUGGAAACUUAUGUAAAUGAUAUUGCACUUUUUCGAUUAAAAAAAGCAGUGAAGUAUAAUAACUAUAUUCAGCCUAUUUGUCUACCUUUUGAUGUUUUCCAAAGGCUGGAUGAAAAGACGGAGUGUUUCAUAGGUGGCUGGGGAAGAACAUCAGAAGGAGGUAAUGCUACAAGAAUGUUACAGGAAGCACAAGUGCGUUAUAUUUCUCCAAAAAUUUGUAAUUCUGAUAAGGGUUAUGGAAAUAUAAUUCCUAUAACUUCAUUUUGUGCAGGUGAUGAAGAUGGAAUUUUUGAUACUUGCAGGGGUGAUAGUGGUGGACCAUUAAUGUGCUACAUCCCAGAACAUAAACAGUUCUUUGUAAUGGGAAUUACCAGUUACGGAUAUGGCUGUGGCCGAAAACAUUUUCCUGGUGUCUAUUGUGCGCCAUUCUUCUACAAAACGUGGCUGACACAUCACCUCAACCAGACAAGGAACAAAGGCAUAUUUAAUAUAAACAGUCUACUCGGACAGGUCCUUGUUGCCUUAGGCUCUGCUGUCUUACUAGCAACUCCAUGA